AUGCCUACAUCAAAUGGUGAUAAAGUCGAAUAUGGCGCUGGCCUUCUUCAGAGUCCCGACCAUCAUACUCCCGAGCAGAAAGCACCCAACGAAACAACGUACGCCUCUCCUCAAAGACAUGGGAAUAGUCCGGCCGCCUGGGGGUUCGGAUGGCAGUGCCCCACCCUGAUGGUUGUGUCUGUUGUUUGUGGUGCGAUGAUCUCGGUGGGCCAUCACUUCUACUACAGCAGCCUCGACAACACCCUCGUCAACUCGGUCGACCAGCAAACGUGGGCAAUUCGAAUUGGAACUGGCUUUGCCUUUCUAAACAAGACCUUUCUGACAUCCGCUGUUGGAAUCGCAGCGUCGCAACAGAUAUGGGCCACUCUCCGCCGGAAGUUUGUGAAGCUGAGCGCGAUUGAUGGCAUGUUUGACAUCCUUACCAACCCAAAUUCUUUUCUCAUUCCCGACCUCUGGAUGUACGCGAAAACCCUCACACUACUCGCAAUUAUCUCUUGGCUUAUCCCAUUAGCGGCUGUUGUUACGCCUUCUACCUUAUCCAUCCGUCUCCUGACAACCACCAAUGUCACCCAGAUGCAUGUUCCGACUGUUAACUUCACUGAAUCCUUCUGGCGUCCUUGGGUAACAUGGGGAGGCGCUGGGUUUAUUGCAUCACCCUCGCCCGACAUCACCCGCCUGUUUACAGCUACUUCUUCAUCUGCCGAAGUGCUCUCAGUUCCUGCACCUUUCCCUAACUCAUCCUACACUCUGGAGUUUUGGGGCCCUUCAUACAAGUGCCAGAAAUUGAGUGAAGCUGUCGUGCAGAUGCAAGGCAUGAAUUUUAGUGAUGGCGUGGGUCUGGCUCAGUACAGUUCGUUGCAGAAACUAUGGGAACAGGAAAUUGGAAACCCAACCAAUCUCACUCGAGUGGUGUACUCAGGGACUGCUCCUAGUGCCCUUAACAAUACCCUUUUCGUGUACGCCGCCGGUGGGAACCCCCUGUGGAACGGCAACGCCACACAACCGACCGAGCUUGUCUGUCAGCUCUGGAAUACCUCCUACGUGGUAGGCCAGAACUUUACCAACGGUAUCCGGACCCUGAUACCUGUAUCAACGGAGCUCGUGGCUCCUGCCAAUUGGAGCUCAGAUGCUGGCUCUAAGGUUGUAUUUCAACGCCAAGAGCCAACAGUUAAUGGAGGCUACUAUGUGAUGCACAUGCUAUUCUCUGGACUGAUACAGCGUAAGCUCGUUAUCAGCGCUUCCUUAGAACUGAGCAGCUUCUUGCCCCCCGGCCUGCCAUUCACAACGAUGUCGAUAAUGCAAACCGGCCUUUUCUCAUGCCCAGAGCUGUGGAAUAGUACCGAUUACCAAACUCUGCGAAUUGCAAGUGAAACUGCUCUUUGUCGGAAUAAAACAUUGGCCCAAGCAAUAGAGGACCUCUCGCACAACUUCACCUAUAGCCUUCUCAGUCUCAAUGCCGCGAACACCAGUGCACCCGUGACGAGCUCCUCACCUAAGAACUUCUACACCUACGACAGUCGAAACUUGCUGGCGGUUUAUAUGACUGCGCUGGGUGUUACCGCUGCAUGUGUUGUCGUCGGGUUCUUUGCCUUACACGAGAAUGGCGUUUCCCAGAGCGUCUCCUUUUCCAACAUGCUGCUGACGACAAGAAAUCCCGAGUUGGACAAUUUGGCCAACGGACACUGUUUGGGGUCCUUCGGGCUGGAGAAGGAGGUUGGUGAGACCAAGUUACGAUUCGGGGAGAUUGAGGGCUCUGAGCAGUAUAAGCGUGCGGCUUUUGGAACCAAAGACUCGGUGACUGCUCUAUCCAAAGGAAAAGACUAUUAUUAG